AGGAAGCUGACUCAAAACUAGCUGCAGGUUUUUGUGACACUGGGUGUUCUAUUCAUCGGAAAUUAACUCAGUCAUACAACAUUUUUUAUUAAGUGCGAUCCUUUGAAACACUGGAUAAAAUGAGCUUCGAUAUAUUUUCGUACGAGAGUUUGGUGCAUGCUGUGUCGGGAGCUGCGGGCAGCGUGACUGCGAUGACAGUUUUCUUCCCGUUGGACACCGCCAGGCUCAGACUGCAAGUGGACGAACAGAGGAAAGCGACAUCCACUCCUUCUAUUCUGGCGGAGAUAAUGAGAGAAGAAGGGCUACUGGCCCCAUACCGAGGGUGGUUCCCCGUCAUCUGCAGUCUCUGCUGCUCCAACUUUGUUUACUUCUACUGCUUUCACAGCCUGAAGGCCAGCUGGCUGAAGGGCCGGCCGUCUGCACCUGCAACCGACUUGAUGUUCGGUGUUGUUGCUGGUGUCGUGAACGUGCUUGUCACCACGCCUCUGUGGGUGGUCAACACCAGGCUGAAGCUCCAGGGUUCCAAAUUCCGCUGUGCGGAUUUCCAGCCCACAAGUUACUCUGGCAUCUUGGACGCCUUUGCUCAGAUCGCUCGCGACGAGGGUGUGAGCGCACUGUGGAACGGAACCAUCCCGUCUCUCCUGCUGGUCCUGAAUCCUGCCAUCCAGUUUAUGAUCUACGAGGGUCUGAAGAGGCAGCUGAGGCGGGGCGUUCCCCGGGAGCUCACGUCUCUGGAGGUGUUUUUGAUCGGAGCCGUGGCCAAAGCCAUCGCCACCACAAUGACAUACCCCUUGCAGACUGUACAGUCCAUCCUGAGGUUUGGUCAGAUUAAUGCGUCAGCUGGUCGGUCCAAGUUUCUGUCCAGUCUGGAGACCAUUAGGUGUCUGCUGGUCAAGAGAGUGAGGAAAUACGGACUUAUCGGCCUGUUUAAAGGCCUGGAGGCCAAGCUGCUGCAGACGGUGCUGACCGCAGCACUUAUGUUCCUUCUCUAUGAGAAGAUCGCCAGCUUCACCUUCAGAGUCAUGGGGCUGAGCAGCAGUCAGGUCAAGAGACGGUAGUCUCAGUGUGAAGACCGGUCUGAGGAAGUCUGUGAGGAUGCCCCUCGGUCGUGUGUUUCCAUGUCAACAUUCAUGACUGUCCACUUACUACAUUGGCUUUUCAACUUGUGACGAGUCAACACUAAUGCAGGUAAUCUACGUGCGAGUCUUCAUGUUCUACUGCUCAGCUUUUUUCUUUUGGCUCCAAAUAAAUGUGUUUGUUGG